AUGUCUUUCUCAGGGUGGCUGCAACUGGGGCCGCAACACUCGCCAGAGGUCGACAGCAGCGUGCGGCACGUGAAGAAGCUGUUGGCCAAAGAGCUGUCAGCGCGGCCGAGUCGCCUGGUUCUCCUGCUCUUCGGCCGUGAGCUUCGGGAUGAGGAACUGUUGUCCCUGCAGAGAAUGGACUUGUACUGCAAAUGCUUGCCUCACAAAGUCGAAGACUACAGUGGCAGUCCGGAUCACAAACAGGAUGCGAUGUUCAAGGUCGUCCUCGCUGGGGCAACGGGUGCUGGGAAGACCAGCAUUCUGCGGAGAUUCGUCGAAGGAGUGGAGCCGUUCGGAACAACGUUGCCAACCCUCGGAGUUGAUGUUGAAACGAAGAAGUUACUGAUCGAUGACUCAGUUCGCGUCAGCCUUCGCCUGUGGGACUCGCAGGGGAGUCAGACUGCUUGCGGCCUGGAGGAGGGAGACCUGGCCUCGCUCUAUGCGGGCGCCUCCCUGGUCUUGCUGUGCAUUGCCAUGCAUGAGCCGUGCCAGGAACUUUCAGCCAUGCACCUCUUAGCCAAGAGCCACAGCGAAGCCGUGAUGGCCAUUGUGGUCAACAAAGCAGAUCUGAAGCACAAUGACCAGCUGGUGGACACCGUGCGAAGUUUUGCAAGAGACCAGUCUUGCUUUUACUUCGAAGUGUCUGCAAGGACGGGUCAAGGCGUCGAUGACAUGUUCCAUCACUUGGUGGGGCAGCUCCUGGACAUGCACAGCAGGAGAUGA